AUGGACAUCUCGGCGGCCUCCAAGUUUGGCCAGAAGCUCGCCCAUACCGAGAAGAACGUGCGUGACAAGGCUGUCAAGAGCCUCACGCUCUUCCUCGUCUCCAAGAAGGAGUGGACCGACCUCGACCUCGAUAAGAUCUGGAAGGCGCUCUUCUACUGCAUGUGGAUGAGCGACAAGAUGAAGAUCCAGCAGGAGCUCGCCGACAACCUGUCCAAGCUCGUGCACGCGUUCCCGUCCGACGAGCUCAAGCUGCGCUUCGUGCACUCGUUCUUCAAGACGAUCCAGCGCGAGUGGCACGGCAUUGACGGCCUGCGCCUCGACAAGUUCUACACGCUCGUGCGCAUGAUGCUCUUCCAGAGCUUCAAGUUCCUCGAGGCGACCGAGUUUGCGCUCAACGAAGCCUUUGCGUCGCACCUCGCGACGUCGAUUCUCUCGCAGCUGCCCAACGGUCUCCGCCUCCACGUCUCGGAUGUCUACCUCUCGGAGCUCUUCAAGGCUGUCGGCGACUCGAUUCCCGCCGACGCCUUUGUACAGCUCCUCGCGCCCUUCUUCACCUUGAUGAGCACGGACGCCGACAAGUCCGUGGCCAAGCGCGUGCACGACCUCAUCCUCACACCGCUCGUCGCCGAGUACUUCUUCCUCGACACGCAGCACACCAAGCCGGCGCCGACCGACGCCGAGACGACCGACGAAGAGGCCGAGGCGCCCAAGGAGUUUGCGGCCGCGGCGCUCGCCGAGGUCCAGCACCGCAUCUUUGAGAUUGCGGCGGCCGAGGAGACGCUCGACCGCAACCGCAACCUGCUGUACUCUAUUUAUGCGACCAUGUACGCCAAGACCAAGUCGGCUACCUUGACCAAGUCCAUGCGCACCGCCGCCCGCGCCGGCGCCCGCCAGAUGUCGUCGCACGCGACGGAGGCCGAAGCCCUCCAGCAGAUGACCUUGUGGACGAACGUCUCCAAGGCCAUGAUCGCGGGCAUGGCCGGCUUGACGGUCGUCACGGCCAUCAGCCACGCCGGCGGCCACGAGCACCACCACGAGGGCGAGCCCAUCGUUUACGCGCACAACAAGCUCCGCACCAAGCCGUACCCGUGGAAGUACUCGGACUGCAACUUCUUUGACCUUGAGUGCAAGGCCAAGGCCAAGGCUGCGGAACAGGCGUUGAACUAG